GGGCAAAGCCAGGCUGAGCGAGAGCUGCAGCCGCUUCCGUGUUUGUGUGAUCGGGGAGUGCACAGCCGGGGGAGCCUCACUGUCACCACUCGUUCAUUCAUUAGGAAGUGUCACGUAGAGCGAGAGCCCAGCAGGACUAAAACAUGCCGUCUGAACCGAAACAUGUAUUCGCCAGUCUCCCACAGAUGGAGAGGGGAGUGGCAAAAGUGAUCGGCGGCGAUCCCAAAGGCAACAACUUCCUGUAUACCAACGGGAAGUGUGUCAUCAUCAGGAACAUAGAGAACCCGGCUAUCGCAGACAUUUACACUGAACAUGCCCACCAAGUGACUGUUGCCAAGUAUGCCCCCAGUGGAUUCUACAUUGCUUCUGGAGAUGCAUCCGGAAAGAUCCGUAUCUGGGACACCACUCAGAAGGAGCACCUGCUCAAGUAUGAGUACACCCCCCUUUCAGGCAUGGUCAAGGACAUCGCAUGGACAGAGGACAGCAAGAGGAUGGCAGUGGUCGGGGAUGGACGAGAGAAGUUUGGGGCGGUGUUCCUCUGGGACUCUGGCUCCUCAGUGGGGGAAAUUUCCGGCCACAACAAAUUAAUCAACAGUGUAGACAUCAGGCAGAAACGCCCUUACCGCCUCGCCACUGGCAGUGAUGACACCUGUGCGUCCUACUCCGAGGGGCCUCCAUUCAAGUUCAAGUUCACAUUACGUGACCACAGCCAGUUUGUCAACUGUGUCCGUUUCUCUCCGGAUGGAGAGCGUUUCGUCACAGCUGGCGCUGACAGCAAGAUUUUCAUCUAUGAUGGAAAGACUGGUGAGGCUCUUGGCUCACUGGGUGGAGAGAAGGCUCACAACGGAGGAAUCUAUGCUGUCAGCUGGAGUCCUGACAAUUCCCAACUGAUCUCUGCCUCAGGGGACAAGACCGUGAAGCUCUGGGAUGUUGGUACAGGAACGGCUGUCACCACCUUCAACAUGGGCACUGAUGUGACAGACCAGCAGCUGGGCUGCCUGUGGCAGAAAGACCACCUCCUCAGCAUCUCUCUGGCAGGAUACAUCAACUAUCUGGACAAGAACAACCCAGACCGGCCUAUACGCACCGUCAAGGGACACAGCAAAUCCAUCCAGUGUCUGACAGUUCACAAAAGUGACGGGAAAUCGCACAUCUACUCGGGGAGUCAUGAUGGACACAUUAAUUACUGGGAUGCAGACACUGGCGAGAACGACUGCAUGUCAGGGAAGGGCCACAGCAACCAGGUGAGCAAGAUGGUGACUAACGAUGCCGGCGAGCUGGUGACGUGCAGCAUGGACGAUACGCUGCGCUACACCAACAUCAACAAGAAGGAGUACAGUUCCUCUGAUGUGGUGAAGAUGGAUUUCCAGCCCAAAAGUGUGUCAGUAGCGUCAGGAGGGCUGUCACUGGCUGUGUGCAUUGGGCAGGUUGUCUUGCUGAAGGACAAGAAGAAAGUCUUCACAUUAGACAAGCUCGACUAUGAAGCCGAGGUGGGAGAUAUCCAUCCUGGUGGCACCACUGCUGCAGUGGGAGGAGCAGAAGGAAUAAUCCACCUGUACUCCAUUCAGGGCAACACUCUGAAGGAUGAUGGCAAAACCCUCAAGGUUUCAGGGACGGUCACAGACAUGGCCUACUCUAAUGACGGAGCCUAUCUGGCUGUCAUUGAUGAGAAGAAGGUUUCCACUGUCUUUUCUGUGGCAGACGGCUACACGGUCAAAAACGAGUUUCACGGACACCAUGCCAGACCAGUGAGCCUGGCCUGGUCACCUGAUAAUGAGCACUUUGCAACCAGUGGGAUGGACAUGUUGGUGUAUGUCUGGACAGUUGCUGAUUCAGACAAGAGAAUCAAAAUCUCAGACACUCAUCGGUUGCACCACGUCAGCGGCCUGGCUUGGAUCGAUGAGCACACUCUAGUGACCACCUCCCAUGAUGCCAGCAUUAAGCAGUGGACUAUAACAUACUGAGCUGCAGGCAGACAAACAUCCACAUCUCCAGAGACAAGGACUACUGUAGAAGUCAAUCUUUUUCUUCUUUUUUUUUUUUUUCAAACUGUAUUUUCACUAUCUGAAUGGUGUUCUAUUCUGUCUGUAAACAUCUGAAUUGUAAAUGGUUAGGGAUGGGAAAGGCUCCCAAUACAAUUAUCCAAGAUGAUAUCUUUGAUUCAACUAAUCACCACUUACUCUGUGAUGAAGUGUACAAUGUAACCACGAGUACUUUGACAUCUCUUUGAGCGCUCGGGACCCAGAAAAUGAUUUGUAAGCUCAACAUUCCAUAGGUAACAGCCUUCGCUCAGUUUAAAGUGAAAUCCUUGUCUGUAGUUGGGCUCAAUACAUCCUGACUUGACGGAUGAACCAAAAGUGAGUUGUUGUUGUUGUUGUUUUUGUAUCAGCAAAUUGGGGAAAUGAAACCUUUUGGUUACAUUCCUGAAAUUAACUAAAAGUAACUGGUCCUCACUGAAGUUGCGUAUCACUUUUUAUUUUCAAGGUUUAAUGGGGAGGGUGUUGUUGCUUUUUGCUUUGUCUUUGGUUUCUGUUUGUGGUUUCUAACUCUACCUGUCGUGCUCGGCAGCAAUAAUUGGGACAGAAAGAACAAAAUGUGUGUACAAUGGAAAUGGUGUGUGAUCAGUCCUGUGUUGUUGCUGUGUUUUUCUUUGGGCCCACUAUGCUUGUCUUACUUAUUUUCUUUUUUCACAUCUUCAUGCACCUGCUUCAAAAGUGGAAGUGAUUCAUUCAUAAUAAUAAUUACAACUACACUUUUUAUGCAUUUUCAGUUUCAUGCAGAUUUGCACUUACUUUAAAUUUCACAAACAACACAUUAAUUGCCCAGUGGGAAGUAUCAUUAAAACUUCAUGGUAUUCAGGAACACACUGAACUGUGGGUCUUGGCCAGUAGGGGUCCCUCCAGUGUGUUGCUAAGACUGAGAGGAGGAAAUGAAAAGCGUCCUUAAAGGGCACCUUCUCCUGGAUUUCCCCGUGAUUCAAAGUUGGCCUAUAUAAUUGUAAUGUAUCCCUGGAUUGAACUCAGACGUGGUCACUUCAGUGUCGCCAUCUCCUCUGUCCUCUUUUACUGUCAACUGUUCAAUAAAGCAGAAAUGAAAAGAAA